GCGUUUAUUCUCAACUCUUAAUGACGAAUACGAUUCAUGAUGAUUAGUUCUGUUGAUUCCUUGGAAGUCGUUUUGAAGGCACUUAGUGUUGUUGACGGCCAUUGUAGUUCAAUUUCUCCCUAGUUUCAACGCUCAAAAAACAGUAUGCUUUUACUAUAAUCUUGUUUCGUUUUUUCCUUUAUGAAACCUUGUAUUGAUGACAGUUGCAAUAGUCUCAGUGACUCUGGUUUGGUCUCUUAGUUGUGAAUAUUAAUAGUUAACUUAUAUACUUAUUUAAAUGAGGCUUAUGUGUUCAUAUGGUGUAGUCAGGUUCCAACGUACUUAAAGCUCAGUUUGUAAACCUAUGGCAGUUUUUGUUGAUUAACAAUACUAUUUUCUUGCUCCGUCAAUCAAUUUUCCAGUAGUUUGCAUAUUGAUCUUAAGUGCUCUGUGUAAUUUACACAUACACCCCAUCUCUACUGCUAGAUAAUAUUUCACAGAGUUUCUGAAUGCCUGAUGGCUAGGAUAUAUAUUCGUGAAUUUGUAUUAUUAUCAAAAAGAAUAUCCUUUGUUCAGUAACCAUUCUGGAAAAUAUUAUGGGCAUUUUUAAUCGGUUAAAAUUCAAAAGAGUGAAACCUGUCGAAUUUACAUGGAUUAUUGGCUCCGUCUUGUCGAUUUUGCUGGUAUUAUCCAAAUAAUUUCUCUUACAAAAGAAUAUAACACUUUAAGUUAAUAGAACUAAGAAGUUACACAUAAAAUGGCCCCUACAUGCAGUAUUAUUACCCCCAGACGUCAACAUUGGCAGCUUAUUUGACCUUGUAAAGUCAUUAUUUAAAUUUAAAACCUAUAGUUUGGAUGUUGACAAAAGAAUAACGAAGAAUAAGUAAAUAAACCAAAACCUCAUUGCCCGACAUAUUCUUGUCCUCGUUAUUUAUGUGACGACUACGCAUACAUGCCUGACCAGACAUUGCUGUAAUAAACUUGUUUCAAUAUUUUGCAGUAGCUUAUUUUGACCUGGUGUGGAACAACGUCAUUCUUUCAAUACGUUACAUUUUAGAACAUUUUGAAGAAGUAAACACAAGGACUAACUGAAACCCACAGAUCACUUUUAAAUAAGUUUACACACAUCCGGUUUAACUUUAAACAAACUUGCUUUCAUGGAAUUAACACGAGAAGAGGUUGAAGAAGAAGACCAUGACUAUGUGGUCAUUGAUUUGCAGUUAUCAGCCCUAAAACUAAAUUUAAGUGAAGUCAUAUCAAAAAAGACAGCAGUAAUAUCCAGUGAACAGAAUGAAACUUUAAAAGCGAUAUCCAAUCUUAAGUCAUCUAAUGGCAGAAAAUCACUAGAUUCUGAACCAUUGCCCUUAAAUGAAGCAUCAAGUGAAAAAGAAAGGAGCAGUGCCAUUAAACUACCUAAAACUGAAUUUCAGACCCGUGAAGAAUUGGUCACAUGUAUUGAAGAGCUUCGAAAGUUGGUAGACAUGUUAACAUCCCAACUGAGUCGAGUUCGUGAAAUGCUUACACAAGAACGUGAGCAUCGUCUUGCAAUAGAAGCUGAACUGAUAUCAUCUGGCGCCUAUGCUUGCCAAUCUAGUAGAUGUUUCUCCUACGACGAAUAUGAUAAUGAUGAUGGUUUUGAUGAAAAUCGGCCAUGCAUUUUUACAGAUCUUCCAGCACACAAGUGUUUCGAUGAAAAAACAAAUGUUGUACAAUCCGCUGAGACAGAUUUCCCUACUGUAAAUUCAAAUAUGCAUUGCUCUCCCCAAGAGUUAUAUACUUCCAAGACAGAUUCAUUGAAAACUAACUAGUUCUCUGUGAUACUUCACUCAUAAUGUUUUUACACCUUUUUACUGGGUUUUAUCCUGUGUUUGACAGUUGACCCGGUGUUUCAUUCAGUGAAAGCACAAAGUUUUGCACCUGAUUUCUUGCAGUCCUGCUUACUACAGACAAUCUGGCAUGUGAACCAACGUCCUAACAAGGGAUCUCUGAGAUAUUCUACAGAUAACACUGUAUAUUUUCACAGUAUUAUGCAUUUGACUUUAUCUACAGCUUUUUUGUAUGUAUUUUUAUAAUAUCCAGCUAGAUGACAGCUAAUAACAAGCUUUUUCCUUUAUUUCUCUGCAUUCAAUAAUACGACUAGUGCAUGUAUUGUCUUUCAAAUUUUGACCGAAAUUAUGCAUCCAUCUUUUUCCUUUCAACUGCAUGGUCAUUAAAAAGAUUUUUGUCUUUCACAGAACACUAAUACCAUUAGUUCAAUUAUGUUAACUGAAAUCGAUCGAACUUUGUUAAUUAAAUAAAACUUGGAGAAAUAUUA